AAUCAAACAGGAUUCCGCUACUCGAGUGUCAAGCUAACAGUCAGUGAAGAUGGACGUCAGCGUCUCCGUGUCGUUCUUUCAAGACGAGCUCGCCUCUACCAUCGAGCACGCAGUGAAAGCGGCUGUAGACACCGUCUUGUGCCAAAUCACAAAAGUUGUCGGCGGCAAAUUCACUGAAUUCCGAAUGGAAAUGGCUGGAAAGGAGAAAGAGAAUGAAAGUCUGAAGCUGAGAUUGGAAAUAUCAGAGAGCGAGUUGAAAGCAGUGCGGGAAUGCAUGAACGCUGCAGAUGCAGACAUUAAACAACCUCUCAGAAACAUGAACCCCGACUGCAAUGAACAAGACUUUCAGAGGAACGAGAACCAGGGAUUAUUUCAAGAUCCGAAAGAGAGCUGUGCUAUGCAUAAAUCUAAAGCCUAUGAAGGGUCAAGGAUAGAAGCAGUUUACGCACAAGAGGAGUCCUUUGACCAGGAGUGGUGUGCAAGUCUAAAGCAGGUUACAGAGCUGACAUGUGUUAAAGAUGAAGAGGUCCCUCGACUGAAAUGUGUUCCUAUUAAAGAGGAAUUCUUAGAACAGGAAUGUCUCCCCAUCGCAGAGGAGGUUCCUACUGAAAAUAAUGGCUGUACACUUGAGGAGAACAACACGCUGGGGUCAAGUCUGUAUGAUGAUUGUCCACCUGAAUGUGAACUGGGAUUUAGAGCUGCUAAAGGAUAUCUCACAGGAGGGACUCUAUUUCCCUGUGCUGAUUGUGGGAAGAGUUUCAGUCGUUUCUCACAGCUUAAAAUCCACCAGCGUGUUCACACAGGAGAUAAACCUUAUCACUGCUUUGAGUGUGGGAGGAGUUUCACGCAGUUACAAAAUCUUAAAAGACACCAGCGCAGUCACACAGGAGAGAAGCCUUAUCACUGCACCGAGUGCGGGAAGAGAUUCAAUCAGUUAGCACAUCUUCAGUCACACCAGCGCAUUCACACAGGAGUGAAACCUUAUCAGUGCACUGAGUGUGGGAAGAGUUUCACAGUGGUACAAAAUCUUAAAAGACACCAGCGCAGUCACACAAGAGAGAAGCCUUAUCACUGCACUGAGUGUUGGAGGAGAUUCACACAGUUAGGACAUCUUCAGUCACACCAGUGCAUCCACUCAGGACUGUAAUUGUAUUUGCAAGAUUCCACUUUUGUCUCAUGUAUGACUGAGUCUCUUAGUUUGAACAGUAGGAUUAUUAGAUGUAACUACCCACUAGUGACCAAGUUUCUAGCUCUUUGAAGUCAGUGCUAGUGUAAAUUCUGAAGCUCACACCUCAAACAAUAGCUUGGUUGUUGACAGGCUCUGACUGCAGUACAACGCCUCCACAAUAUACAGUUUCAGAAUGGAGACUGAAGAACUGAUUUUUAUCUGUAAACUGAGAUGAAAUGCCAAAGGUGCAUGCCUUGUAAAUGUCCCUGUAACGGAGGGAAGUCUUACGUUUGUGGGUCAUCACUGAAUAAUAAUGAGGCAGACAGAGCAUUGCAUUGCAGAUUUAAUUCAACACAGGGGCUGCCAUUAGUGUACCAGCAAUGGUAGCCCUAGUGUCAGAUUUAAUAAAAAAAAAAAACCAAAGCUAAAAAUAGAAGUUAGCCACACAAAGCAAGCACUAGCCUUAUUAAAAGAAGACAUCCCACUGCAGGAACCUACUACACUUUGCAACCCUCUGCAUACUGUUUGAGAUCAACAUCCCCUAAACCUACUACUGUUGCUCCCGAAGUCCUGGCCUCCCAGCGACUCCAGGUCGUUGCAACGGUCUUGGCUGGUCCAAGCCUUCACAGGCACCGUCUUGCAGUUGAAGGGUUCCGUAGUAGUUAAUCCUGCAGACCGGACACUCUCCUCCUUGAUGUUAAUAAAGCACCCCUCUGUGUCGCAUAGUGGUGCAGGCGCCUCAAACUGUGGCACAGAUGCCUUCUGAGCCGCAUGCAGCCUCCCUGGGCACGCCCCCCAGCCAAUCCAGACCUCUUGAUCCACUCAGCACCGGGCGAAUCUACCUGCUUAAUUGGUUGCCUAGCAAUGCGUCUCCUGAAACGUCCCAGCUGCACACAUCUAUGCAAGAACCAGUGACAGGGUUCUCACUGUCAAAGUUAUUUUUAAGUGCUUUACAAAAUCAUUUUAAAGAAUUACUGGUAAAAUAUUCAUGUUGUGUUUUGAAAUUAUUCCAAAAUAAACAGAAUAAACUACUUGGAAAAACCUAGGAGGCAGUGUGGUCCAGUGGUUGAAGUCCACGGUUUGUAACCAGAAGGUCACUGGUUCAAAUCCCACCCCUGCCACUGACUUACUGUGUGACCCUGCGCAAGUCAUUUGUGCUCCGUCCUGCGGAUGAGAUAUUAAAUCAAUGUCCUAUUGUAAGUGACUCGGCAUAUAAUGCACAGUUCACAGCCUACCUUUGUAAAGCACUUUGUGAUGGUGGUCCACUAUGAAAGGUGCUAUAUAAAGAUAUUAUUAUUAUUAUUAUUAUUAUUAUUAUUAUUAUUGUGUGCAAUAUAUCCUCUUAAAUGUAGGAAAGGCUGUGUUGCACUGUAGUUGUUCUCAGGAUGUGUUUCCUGUUCCCUUCAUGCACUCUUAUUAAAAUGCUGUGAGAAAUUCUAAAUAACCUGAUUAAUAAAUAUAACAAGGAGCUGAAUUGAGUGUGGUGUUGUUGAAAUAUAUUUUUUAGAUUAAAUAAAUGUUGAUUUAUUUAUUAAUUUAAACAGGAGAUUUGCCUACUGAGCUUGAGCCCGAAUGUACCAACACCACAAUAAAG